GCUUGGUUUGGUGGUUCGUCAACCUCAUGGAGGACCCCGUCCCGUCCCUCUCUCUCAUAUUCGCCCGCUCCCCUCACCAUCCACUCCAAUCAUCGAGAGACGUACGCCAGCGAGCGAGCGGCAACCGGAGGAGGAGGCGAGCGAUGGCGCGGCGCGGGCCGGUCGAGCUGCGGCGGAUCGAGGACCGGACGAGCCGGCAGGUGCGCUUCUCCAAGCGCCGCUCGGGCCUCUUCAAGAAGGCCUUCGAGCUCGGCCUCCUCUGCGACGCCGAGGUCGCGCUGCUCGUCUUCUCCCCCGCCGGCAGGCUCUACGAGUACGCCUCCUCCAGCAUAGAAGAUACAUACGACCGCUAUCAGGCAUUUGGAGGAGCCGGAAAGAACCUGAAUGAAGGCGGUGCAAGUACCAACAAUGAUAAAGAUCCUUCCAAUAUACAGUCAAGACUUAAGGAGAUUGCUUCCUGGUCUCUUCAAAACAAUGCGGAUGACUCAGAUGCUAAUGAGCUAGAGAAACUGGAGAAACUACUCACUGAUGCUUUGGAGAAUACAAAAUCCAAGAAGGUACACCUAAAUGGCUCUGUUGAUAUUUCUAAUCGACUUUUUGUAGCCAAGAAUCAAGUUUCUGGUUCCUGUAAUCCUGUUGCACCCUUGAGCCAUCAGGAAAAUGGCUCUGUUUUCGGCCAUUUCAACUAAUUCAACAGCUCAUGGCUUUAGCAUGAUCUUAGUUCGCUCUCGAUGAUCUAACUAGACAUAAGCAAUCACUGGUUCCUUAACAAAAAAAUCUCCUACCUAAUGGUGUAAGGUAAGUAUUUUUCAUUUCGAUUGGCUAUUCUUAAGCACUAGAGGUAGUUCAAUGAUGUAGUUACAUCUUGACUCUUGAGAUAAUGGUCCUGAAUGUGUUAGUUCCUAUAUCUUGGUAAAUGAUAGGUAAAAUAGAUAGGAUGAAAAACUCAUUGGCUACUUCACAGUGCAUGUAGCUGUCUUUGAUAUUUCACAACGGCUAGUACAUUUUCUAAAUUCAGCAUUAAGCUAGAUGUGCUACUCUGGUACAAAGUAUAAUCCUUGAUUGUGUAGAACUACACUUCGAUGAACUAUCCAGUGAUGUGAAGAUAGCCGAAGUCAACAGAUGUUCUGGCUACACAAGACUCGGUGACAAGUGGGUCGCAUUGUCAUUUUUCUGAGAAUUGUGUAACCCAUUCCAUAGCAAUAGUAAAACCUGUUUGCAUUGCAGGCUUAGUACUGCAAUGGCAGACAAAAUGGAGACAUCAGAAUGGAUCCUGUCAGUUACAUGCAAACAGGAAAUUAAGUUUUGGAAGAGAACUUGGCAUGAGAGUUCAAUCAAUAGAAAGGCUAUUCACAAGGCUUUUUGCUGUGCAAAGCAGGACAGGAUACUACUGUAUCCUCUGAAUCCAUGCACAAAGACUUGAUAACAAGCUUUGGUUUGCUGUCGCUGGAGUGCAGAUGUUGGCGCAACGAAACAGAGGCGCGAGGGGCGGGAACUCCAUCAGUCCUAGGGAACAAGAGGAAGGAAGGAGCUGAGUAGUCUAUAUGUGUAAUGCAUGUAUUUGCUGAUGCCACACUGCUGCCUUGCCUUGUGCUUUUCCUAUCAGUCUGUUGUCAGUCUUCACUGCUGCUAGUGUCAUACGCAGCUGCGUGAAAAAUAAGUUUACGUGGAUGUGCACUUUAUAUAAACUAGGUCAUGAUUACCCCGCACGUUGCUGCGGGAAAUUAAAAGAUUAUUUUUGGA